UCAAUUUGUUCGUAUGAGGAAGAUGAUACUGUGAAUGCUGUUGUAUCUUUCUAAACUCUGAAUUUUAAAGGGAAGAAAAGAAUACUUCUAUAUAUAUAAUAUAUAUAUUAUUUUUAUUUUAUUUUAUUUUAUUUUUUUAGUUUUGCAGUCGGUAUUAUCAAUAAAAUUUCAAGCUGAAGGGAAGACAUGGAUAAUUCACCUUCAGAACAAAAUAAGACCUCGUUUGGGUCUCGUUUGGGGAGGAGUUGCAUAUCGUUUGCAGCUUCUGUUCAAGAAGGUUUUCGAUAUGUAAAAGCCUUUUUUGUGGGUCAGGUAAAGACAAUUACUGCAAGAAACGAGCAAGAGGCAAGUGAAGCUGAACUUGAGGCUACGAAGAAGCAGGUUGAUGCUGCAGAUGCUGCUGAAGAUAUCAAGAAUAGACUCAAAAAUUCUCAGAGCUGACUUGUCUGGAUGAUGAACAAAAAGCUUGUUGAUGUAGUUGGGAUUGGGAUCAGGAACAUAGAAUUCAGCAGCAGAACGAUCUGGAAUGCCUAUCUCCCAUAAUGUUGGGCCAUCUCUUGGAGCCUCAAAAACAAUCUCACCAACAUCAAUUUCACAACCUGCAUAUUGCAUUUUUCAUACACUUUCACAAAUCAUCAUCAUCAUUUCUGUAAAGUGAAUACUUGUUUAUUCUCAAAUUAUGAUGUACAUUAAACUAAGGAUAUGAACAUUGAUGGGGUGGCAUUCUCGAAUUUGGAUUCUUCCUCAGAUUUUUAGCUUUAUAUCAGUAUAUUUUGAAGUUUCAA